AUGACUUUGGCGCGGAAUCUCGUGGCGAAUGGGAGUCCUGGCAGCGUCUGCCUGACUGAGCAGGACAGUGGCGGCGCCAUGGAGUGGCUUCAAGACAAUCUGAUGCAGAAUGUGUCUUCCGGUGUUCCACUUUCUGCGGUCAAGUUGCAGGAAUUGGACUGGAGCAACUUCAAGGACGGCGCUUCAAGACCAGCCUUGCCGCAGCCACCUGUAGAAGAGAAAGGUCAAGCACAAUGGGAUCUCCUGAUUGGCUCUGAUCUGAUCUACUCGCAGGCAGGCGUGGAACUGCUUCCGCGAGUACUGAAAGAGUUUGCCAGGCAGUGGCCCUCAAUCACGAUGCUUUAUUGUCACACGUUGCAUCGCUUUGAUGACUUCGACCUGGAGUUCUGCCGUGAACUACGCAGCCAAGGCCUUAGCUACAACGUGGUGGCCGCAGCUGGAGCUGACAGGAAAGAAGAUGCUGGAGACGAACUAGAUCCUUUGGCGGACGAUUGCGCCGGCUUCCUGGAGGAGCUCUUUCCAGAGAAGCGCAUCGUCGUUUUUCACGUGCUGCCAAACCAGCACGCAGGUGCCUGCUUGAAGUGGUCCAGCAGUCUGGCCAGGACCUUUUCAGAAGCAGCCGAGCCUGAAGAAGCGGCUCCACAACCGUCGCAAAGCCGAAGCGAUGACAGCUGUGACAUCGUCAAGGUCGGUCGCAUAUGCAUCUUUCUGCCGGUUGAGGGAGCUGACAGAAGAGAGCUUCCAAGUGCACACAGCGCAGUGGUCAUCAGGCUUCAAUCGCUGGGACCAUUUGGAUCUGGACAGCACCCUACCACAGCCUUGGUCUUGAAAGCAAUGCAGGAGCUUGAUUGGGGCAGCAUCGACAAAGUUUGCGACUAUGGUUGUGGAAGUGGGGUUCUCGGUCUGUCUGCCAUUGCGCUGGGUGCAAGGCAGUGCCUGGGAGUGGACAACGUGCCCGAAGCCUUGACGGCAGCAUACUGCAACCUCCAGGCGAAUCUGUCAGGUGGCUCAGGGCUGGACUCGGAGUCGCGCUUUCAACUACACUUGCCACCGGGAGAGAUGUUGGACAAGGACUUGGACUUCUACACUCGACAUGGCGACUGGAGGCACUCGACAACUUUGCAUGGUUGGACGCCCAUGCCAGUGACUGAGGGGCACUUCGACCUGGUUGUGGCAAACAUUGUCGUCGGUCCGCUGUGCCACUCCGCCUCCAUGAUAAGAAAGCUGCUCCGCACGAGUGGCCAGGUCCUCUUGGCUGGAAUGAGAGAGUUCCAGGUCAAACAAAUCGACGAGGCCUAUGGUCAGCACUUUAGCUUGGAGGUCACUGACACGUUGGAUGGUUGGGCGCUGGUACGUGGUCGGCUGCGAAGCUCAAGUCCCGAGGAGCACAGGAAUCCUGCUCAACUGAUGGCUGCAGAGCAAAAGGCAUCUGGCUAG